GACCCGACUAUACCUAAUCAUCUGUUCGUUUCAAAUACCUAAACGUGCACUAUUCGUUUCUCCAAUUUCGACGCUCUCGUUUCCCUCGAUCAACAAAUAAACCACUAAAGCAAUAAAUAAUAUUUUAUUAUCAAUGAAAAUGGAAGCGUCGAGCUCAAUGGAAACCGACGACGAUCCAGUAGUGAAAGAGAUUCCGGUCUAUCUGUCAAAGACCCUGGCGGAUAAACUCUUUAUCUUUCAAUACCCAAUAAAACCAGCGAAAGAAGGUUACGAUAACGCCGAAUUUCUAAAAACCGCAAUAAAACCAGAAAACCAAGAGGUUCGAAUAGAAGUGGGUAUCGAGCCCGGUGGUCCAAACUACGACCAUCGAAAGGGUGAGCAGAUCGUUCUAAAUGCAGACGGUCCCUUGGACAGAUUUGCACAAGACACCAAAGGCAGAUUGUUCGAAGGCAGUAUGAUGGACAAAAUAGUUCUCCAAUCCUCUAGAGCCCUUCCAGACUGCUCUAACUACGCAGUGGGCAUUUUCCAAGAUGGUGAGCUCCAUGUCACCCCGUUGAAAGGGAUAGUUCAAUUACGUCCUCAAUUCAAUUACCUCGAUAUGAGCGAGAAGAACACAAAAGAGGAUGCCACGAAAUCAGCAGAAGAGGAGCCAGAGGAAGAGGCAAGACAAGUGAACGUGACAUUCGCAAGGCAGAAGUCGGAGUGGGCUCAGAAGAGAAAGGAGCAAUCUUUUCAGGAACACUCGAAGAAGAGUUCGGAGGAGAAAUGGAUCGAAACGAGUUACAGAAGUGUCAGCAGUACGCAAUCAGAUCUCACGAGACUGGAGAUGUUCUGUGCUUUGGCUGACGACAAGUCCAACAACUUGAGGCUGUCUACGAAGGAUUACAUCAGACUUCUGGCGCCGCCUGCUAAACCUGAUGAGUACUCGAAAGCUAACGUUCCACCAUCAUCGCUCUCUUAUGUAAGAACACUACCUCUGUUGGAUCAGAUUCGAAUAAUCAUGAAGGACGCGAGAAUUCUGUCAUUCUUCCAACUUCGAUCGAUAAUAGCAUCUGAUCACGAAACAUCAGCUAUUUUGAAGUACUUGCAGCAAGUUGCAGUUUUGGUUCAGGGAAAUUGGAUAGUCAACAGUGAAUUGAUUUAUCCAAAAGAUACAAAAUCAUCUCACAAUGGGAUUCCAGCAGAACUCAUGUGCAGAGCUAGGGAUUAUAUUCUUCUUUUAUUCACAGAAAAUGAGUUUGUGGAUAGAAAAUCCGUUUCGUUGGUGAUAAAGUUGCCCACAGAGGAGAUAAAAGAGAUUUUCAUGAAUCUGGCGAGAAGUCAACCAAAGAGAGGGUGGCAAUUAAUUUUAUCGGCUAGCACAGAUUUCCAAGCAAAGUAUCCAGAAAUUGCCCAGAGGCAAGAGUUGUUCUGGGAUGCUAAGAGGAAACAUCUUAAGGAUGUCAUGGAAGCACCUACUCAACCACCACAGAGACAGAGGAGAAAGUCCAACAGAGAGUCUAUUGGUUCAGAGAAUGAAGAGAGGAAUGUGGGAAGGGGACGAAAUCGACAGAGAGACUCUUCCAUGUCUGAUGAUGGAGCUGGGGAGCCUGUGAAGAGUAAAAAGGGGAAUCGAGGGAGGAAAGCUUCGGAGACGACGUGACAUACUAAACGGUAGUUUUUUACGUUGGUGUAAGUUUGGCUGCAAGUUCUUUCGUUCAUAUUUUGAAAAACAAGGGAAUGCCAAAGAGAUUAUGGAAGGAUUCGCGACAGAUAUUAUUAUUUUCAUGACUUUUGACAUAAUCAUUUGGCAGAAUUUGUCGUCUGGAAAUCGGCAUCUCACUUCCUUAUACUUCGCGUACUUCUCAAAUUUGGAAAUUUUGAAAUUACAAAAAAGAAACUAUUUCGCGCUAUUAUGAUGUGCUUUUUUUUACUCAUAAAUUUCACCAGUCGACAUAUGGGUAAAAAUUCCCAUCAGAAUAAUAUGGGAUUUAUUAUUUCGGUUUAUAACUUCCUGAGAUAUUAACUCAUAACUGGAAUUAUUUUAUUUUCGUUCUGCAAAACCGGAGUAAAUUAUUUAUUUAAGGAGUUCUAAGUCGUAUAUGGUAAAACCAUAUUUAUUUUUUUAUGGUAAAUUUUCUAUUGAAAUUCUCUCCACGUUUGCCGCUGUUUUCAUAGGAAUUCAUGGAAAAUUACUGUAGAUUGUGAUAGGAAUUCUGCCGAAUGAGAGAGAAUGGGUUUGCGUGCGCAAUGGGGUAGGAUAUUUUGUUCUGUUAUGUGAAAACUGCCAGUUCAUUCAACUAUACUACAAUGAACAUUAUUAUUUUUGAUUUUAUAUUUCAAUAUUAAUGAUAGUAGAGUAGACACAAUGUGUUUAUUUUAUCCUCUGUAAGGCUGGAAAUGUAUUCGCUGAAUACAUUAACACUGUAAAUAUCAUAUUGCGAUUAUACCACCAUAAGAAGAUUCAUCAAUAAAACCGGAAGAAAUUAUAAUGAAA